AUGUCUCUGCAGAAUGGCGACACCACACGCAAGAAGCAGCUGGUGAUCAAUGCAUUCGUCGAAAUGUGCAGCGGUCAUCAGUCCCCCGGCCUCUGGCGACACCCUGCAGACGAGUCUUGGCGCUUCAACGACGUGGACCACUGGGUUGAGCUGGCCAAGCUGCUGGAGGAGGCCAAAUUUCAUGGCAUUUUCAUCGCCGAUGUCCUAGGUUUGUCAAUUGCCUCCACUAGAUCCUUUGUCUGCGCUGUGUUUGUUGACGAUAGCGCUCAACAUAUUCUCACUCUAGGCGGCUACGAUGUUUACAAGAACUCGUUGGAUCCCGCCAUCGCAUCUGGCGCCCAGUGGCCAGUCAAUGAACCUCUAUCUGUGGUACCAGCCAUGGCAGCUGCUACCAAGAGUAUCGGCUUCGGAGUUACUGCUUCCACCACCUACGAGCAGCCGUUUCAUUUGGCAAGGAGGCUAUCGACGGUCGAUCAUCUGACCAAGGGACGAGUUGGAUGGAAUAUUGUAACUGGUUAUCUCGACUCGGCCGCACGCAACCUCGGCAAGACAGAACAGCCACAGCACGACGACCGAUACGCCCAAGCCGAGGAGUAUAUGAAGGUUAUGUACAAGCUCUUCAACUCGUCGUGGCGAGACGACGCCGUCCAGCUCAACCGCGAACAAGGCAUCUACACCGACCCCUCUCUCGUCCGCCAGAUCAACCACAAGGGGAGUUUCUUCACCGUCCCGGGUCCCCACAUCGUUCAGCCUAGCCCCCAGCGCACCCCACUCCUGCUGCAGGCCGGCACGUCGCGGGCCGGCAAGGAGUUCGCUGCCCAGCACGCUGAGGCAAUCUUCGUCUCGGCCCACUCGCCCGCCGUCCCCGCCGCGAGCAUCGCCGAGAUCCGCCGGCUGGCCAGGGACAAGUACGGGAGGGAUCCCGACGGCAUCAAGGUCCUGGCCCUGGUUACCGUCGUCCUCGGCCGUACCGAGGACGAGGCCAGGGAGAAGCUGCGCGACUACAGACAGUAUGCGUCGUUGGAGGGUGCUCUCGCUCUGUUUUGCGGGUGGACGGGGAUCAACCUGGAUCAAUACGGCGACGAGGAGGAGUUGCGACAGGUUGAGAGCAAUGCGGUUCGCUCAACCGUCGAGGGUUACGCCAAGUUCUCACCAGUUAAUUCCAAGUGGACCAAGCACACAGUGGCAGAGCACAUCAGCAUUGGCGGCAAUGGGCCUCUCCUCGUGGGCACCCCAGCCCAGGUUGCCAACGGCCUCGAGACCUGGAUACAAGAAGCCGACGUGGACGGCUUCAACUUUGCAUACGCGGUGUUCCCGCAAUCCUUCAAGGACAUCAUCGAACUUUUGCUCCCCGAACUACGGAGCAGAGGUCUGUUUUGGGACGACUAUGCCGUCCCUGGGGGCACGUACCGGGAGAACUUCUACGGCAAGAAGGGCCAAACAUUUCCCCCUGACGAGCAUGUUACGUCCAAUUAUAGGUGGAAAAAAGGAGUCAGUGCGAUAGAGCAUGUGAUCCCAGAGUAG